AUGCGGACUCUCAGCACGCCCAGCCCAGCGCUAAUAUGUCCGCCAAAUUCGCACAUUUUGCAGAAUGGCCGGGGAUCUUCCACAUCGUCCUCUUCAAUUACCGGGGAGACCAUCGCAAUGGUUCACUCGCCUCCUCCAACCCGCCUUACCCAUCCUCUCAUCCGGUCUGCCUCCCGACUUCAGAAGGAACGGGCUAACAUCGACCGGCUGCCGGACCAUUCAGUGAUCCAGAUUUUCUCUUUCCUGCCUACCAACCAGCUGUGCCGCUGUGCCCGUGUGUGUCGCCGCUGGUAUAAUCUUGCUUGGGACCCACAUCUCUGGAGGACUAUUCGCUUGACGGGCGAGACAAUCAACGUGGACAGAGCCCUGAAGGUGCUGACUCGGCGACUUUGCCAGGACACGCCCAACGUCUGUCUCAUGUUGGAGACGGUAAUUGUUAGUGGCUGCAGGCGGCUCACAGACAGAGGACUCUAUACUAUUGCUCAAUGCUGCCCUGAACUGAGGCAGUUAGAGGUGUCGGGUUGCUACAAUAUUUCCAACGAGGCGGUCUUCGAUGUGGUGUCGCUGUGUCCCAACCUGGAGCACUUGGAUGUGUCAGGUAAUAGAAAAUAUAUCUGUGCUUAAAUUUGGGUGGAGAACUUUGCUUAAGUCAGGGAUGAGGAGGAGGAGUUUGGAUUUGAUAACCCGCUUUAUCACUAAACGAAGGAGUCUCAAAACGGCUAACAUUCUCCUUUGCCUUCCUCCCCCACAACAAACACUCUGUGAGGUGAGUGGGGCUGAGAGACUUCAAGGAAGUGUGGCUAGCCCAAGGUCACCCAGCAGCUGCAUGUGGAGGAGCAGAGACGUGAACCUGGUUCCCCAGAUUACGAGUCUACCGCUCUUAACCACUACACCACACUGGCUUUUCAACUAAGAGGCGCUGUGUCCAGGGCAGCUGUCUAUCAGCUCCAUGUGGUACGCAGCCUGAGACCCUACCUGCCCGCAGACUGUCUUACCAGAGUGGUGCAUGCUCUAGUUAUCUCCCGCUUGGACUACUGCAACGCACUACCUUUGAAGGCUACCUUUGAAGGUGACCCGGAAACUACAACUAAGCCAGAAUGCGGCAACUAGACUAGUGACUGGGAGUGGCCACCGAGACCACAUAACACCAGUCCUGAAAGACCUACAUUGGUACCCAGUAUGUUUCCGAGCACAAUUCAAAGUGUUGGUGCUGACCUUUAAAGAUCUAAACGGCCUCGGCCCAGUAUACCUGAAGGAGCAUCUCCACCCCCAUCAUCUAGCCCGGACACUGAGGUCCAGCUCCAAGGGCCUUCUGGCAGUUCCCUCACUUUGAGAAGUGAGGUUACAGGGAACCAGGCAGAGGGCCUCCUUGGUGGUGGCACCGUCCCUGUUGAACACCCUCCCAUCAGAUGUUAAGGAAAUAAACAACUAUCUGACUUUUAGAAGACAUCUGAAGGCAGCCCUGUUUAGGGAAGUUUUUAAUGUUUGAUGUUUUAUUGUGCUUUUAAUAUUCUGUUGGGAGCUGCCCAGAGUGGCUGGGGAAACACAGCCAAAUGGGCGGGGUAUAAAUAAAUAAAUGGCUUAUUGUGGCCCCCAAAGUCUUCCCAUCUGGCCCCCAGGGCCUCUCCUCUUCACACACACCCCAUCCUCCUAAACCUCCAUGCUGGCUUCUGGGAAAAGGAAGUUUAACCCAACAGCUUUUGUUCUUUUUGCUUGCUGUUUGGCAAUGCACAUUGCAGGCAUAGGUCACCAGAUCAGGACCACCGCAUGGGGCAAAGGGCUAAAGCCCUCUUGUUGCGGAUGCCAAGGUUCAGACUUGUAUCUGCUCAGCGGUACUUGAUAUUUGAAAUGGAAUGCUGAUUCUAGUCUCUGUGUGUAGGGAAAUGAAAAAAUGAUGGAUGAAUGGGUGUGCUUGUGUGUGAAUGGAAUGCUUAAAAGCUAAAUCCCAACUCCUUUGUGUUCUAGUUGAUGCAUUUUUCUUUUCUAUUUUCUGAUCUUUAAAAAAACCUUCAAGGCUAAUGCUCAUUUCUCCAAAGUGACCUUUUGCUUAAAUUAGUGGGGGCUUGUCUUUCAUGUGUCUUUUCAAUUAAAGCCAUAGUUUGCAGAGGUAGAAAUUGCCUCAGGUAUACAAAACCAACAAAGAGUCCAGUGGCACCUUAAAGGUAAAGGUAAAGGGACCCCUGACCAUUAGGUCCAGUCGUGGCCGACUCUGGGGUUGCGGUGCUCAUCUCGCUUUACUGGCCGAGAGAGCCGGCGUACAGCUUCUGGGUCAUGUGGCCAGCACGACUAAGCCGCUUCUGGUGAACCAGAGCAGCACACGGAAACGCCGUUUAUCUUCCUACUGGAGUGGUACCUAUUUAUUUACUUGCACUUUAACGUGCUUUCGAACUGCUAGGUUGGCAGGAGCAGAGACCGAGCAACGGGAGCUCACCCCGUCACGGGGAUUCAAACCGCCGACCUUCUGAUCAGCAAGCCCUAGGCUCUGUGGUUUAACCCACAGCGCCACCCGUGUCCUCAGAGUGGCACCUUAAAGACUAGCUAUUAUAAUACAACUAGGGGUGUGGGAUAAAUUCAGUUCAGGUUGCAUUUAAAGGCAGGCCUACCAGACUUGCAUUUUCCAAAACAAUACAUGAACCAAAACAAAGUCAUCCUUUGAAAUUCGCUGUUCCCAAAUAUUGCAAUGCAGUUAUUCAGACAAGUAAUGUGCACAAAAAUGCAUAUACUGGUGUAAAUGUACAUAUUUUAGUGAAAAUAACAUACAAAAAUGCACUAUACUGGGGAAAUUGGUUUGCAAAAAUGCAUAGAUUAGGAAAAAUUGCACACCAAAAUGUGCAGAUCAGGAGAAAUAUUCAUUAAAAUGCUGAUUUAUUUUCAUGAGGUCUUUUUCAAAACCCUAAGUUCCCUCACUUAAAACUUCCCUAACUUCAAAAUAUGGAAGCUGAGAAAAGCUGCAAUGGUCACUUUUGCCCAUCCAAGUCUUUAGUUUCUACAGGGUUCUCUUCAUUGCAGUUGCUACAACAGAAUGAGAUUGAAUUAAUUCCCAAAUAUUCAAAACGUUGUGCUGAACGGUGUGUGCAAUACUACCCUCUGCUGGAGAGGUUGUCUGAGCUAAGGAAUAUGCACAUCUUUCCGGUUCCUCUUAAUGAAACUUGGCAGACCAAGUCUCAGCUGCCUGCUCUGAACUCAACUUAUUGCCAUAUUAAAAGGAUACGAAGAAUACAGUGAUGCAUAUCAGCAUCUAUAGCCUAUUGAACCACACACCAGAAGUACCCAUUGAGUGUUACAGACAAAUAUCAAUGGGACUUAAAAGUAGCUGGGGUUUUUUAUUUUAAAAAAAUAUUUAUGCUUUUCAGGUUUAUACAAUUCAUUAAUUUUACAAUCAUUUUAACAUUUCAAAACUUGACUUCCUUCCCCCUCUUUCUGCGGUUCCUUAAAUUUAUUUUUAAUAUCGUCUGCAUAUCCAAAUUAACUUAAUUUGCUCUUUUAUUCAUCUGCUUUAAAUAUAUACUUUUAUAAAACUGCAGGUUAUUACAAUAAUCCUGCCAAUGUUUUUAUCUCUUUGCAGUUUGUUUGUAAAUAAUCCAUAAACUAUUUCCAUUCUUUUAUAAAAAGUUUAUCUUGAUUUCUCAUUCUUCCAGUAAGUUUCGCCAUUCCUGCAUAUUCCAUAAGUUUUUGUAUGUUAAAAUGGGGGUAAAAUUAUUGAAAUGUAUAAAACUGAAAAUCAUAAAUAAGAUAAAGGAAAGGAAAGUAGUUGCAUAAAUUCAUGACGAAUAGCAAAAAAGAUGACAAUGGUGUGUUUGUGUGUAUGGAUGAUUUAACCACUUUGGCUCACUUCCAGACAUAUGUGACAGGAAGCAGAUAGAAUUAUCCAGGAUAUUUGCACGGGAGAGAAUGAGAUUUGUCACGAUCCACAUUCCUUUCCACAUGUUCUUGAGCAGAGUCAUCCAUUGCAUCUCUGUUGGUGUGAGAACUCUCCUGAAUGAGCAGGUGCACACAAUCUAUAGCUUUUAUGUGAGCGAGCAUUAAGGCGGAAAGAGGGAGCGGGUGAGUGAGUUUGGUGUCCGUAAUCACGUGGAACUGACUGAACAUGCAAGGGCAGGAGGUGUGCAUCCAGCUCAGCACAUGUAUCGAGUACACCUGCAUAUUUCCAAAGUGUGCAUGUUGCUAAAGGUGCAUUUUUUCUGGGAAUCUAUUUGUAACCAUGCAGUGAGACCUGUCCUUUGCAUGAACCAAGUUCACCUGGUGCCUUCAUUAUACACAUUUAGGUACCAGGCAAAAAUGUUCCUCCAAUGCCCUUUUAGAAUGUGUUGGGGGCAUUAAUGGGUUGUUUUUGUUUUGAUUAUGUAUACUACGAGAAGUGAGGUUACAGGGAACCAGGUAGAGGGCCUUCUCGGUAGUGGCGCCUGCCCUAUGGAACGCCCUCCCAUCAGAUGUCAAGGCAAUAAGCAACUAUCUUACUUUUAAAAGACAUAUGAAGGCAGCCCUGUUUAGGGAAGUUCUUAAUGUUUAAUACUGUAUUGUAUUUUUAAUAUUUGGUUGGGAGCUGCCCAGAGUGGCUGGGGAAACCCAGCCAGAUGGGCGGGGUAUAAAAUAUAAAUUAUUAUUAAAUUAUUAUAUUAUUAUCCUCUGAACUGCCCUGAGACCUACAGGUAUAGGGCGGUAUACAAAUUUAUUUAUAAUAGUAAUAAUAGCCAGUUAUUCUAUGAAUAUUACUGUGACCAUUUGACAGCUUGAAAGUUUCCCAAGGCCUUGUUUGAGUCGUUCAGGUUCUGUUCAAUUAGGUAUCCUAGAAAUAAUAUUUUCAUGUCAAAACCACACAGAAGUUAGCAUUCAGUUUUUUUCCACUUUUAAGAGAGAGAUCAGUUUUGGGCAAGAUUCCUAUACAUGUGAGCUUGACUGCAAACCAUUAUCUCAAAGGCUGGCCAAAGUUCUUUCAGCUCUCUUGAAACUUUCUCCUUCCAUUUCAAAUCCUUUACAUUUCCUCUGUGGAAAACUGCUAUGAGCCUGCAGGUUUUUACAUCUUUAUUGUUUGGGACAGGAAAAGUGGUUUCAGCCACAGGAAAAUGUCAUUAUAUUUAAAACACAGGCAGAAAGACCUUCUAUGACAAGGUGGUGGGUGAAUUACUUACCUUUCUUGUAGGUGGUUUGGAGUCCUCAAAUAGAUGAUAUUCAUCUGAGAAAUCUUCCUGACAUCUGCAGGCUACAUUGGCUGUGCUCAUAGGUCAUGCUGUGUCAUGGAAGAUACAACGCGCAUGAUACAAAGUUGCUUGCAGCUCUCACAGCAUGGAUUAAAUCUUCCUUUUAAACCCUCUGCCAUUGCAUCAUAAUUCCUUAGGAGAAGCAACUUGGAUCGUACAGACCAGAGUGUAGGCAAAAGCCUUUUGGUACUGGCAUGAAUUAGUUACAUCACCUGGGCCCCUCUAAAGACAAAUGUUGAUGUUGGCAUCUGUCUGUCUCGAGAGACAAUGGAGUCAUCUUCUUCUUCUUUGGCGAUCACUCAUAGCUGAGUAAGAUUGUCUUCCAUGAACACAGUCUUAACAGUGAGUCCGUAAGUGACUGUGGAGACCAAUUCUGGAUCCACACGUCCUUCCACAGUGGGGACAUAGGUUUCCAGAUGAGAGUUGAUCACAGUGAGGGUUUGCCAAGUGUGCCUUCCUCUUAGCACCUUUCGUCCUAAGUUCAAGCAUCUUCAAAGUCCAUGACACCUUUGGUAAAGGCUGUUCUCCAAUUAGAGCGCUCGCAGGCCAGUGUUUCCCAGUUGUCAGUGUUUAUACUACCUUUUUCUUAGACUUGCCUUGAGAAGUCUGUAAACCUCUUUUGUUGACCACCAGCAUUACACUUUCCAUUUUUUUAGUUCGGAAUAGAGUAGUUGCUUUGGGAGACGAUAAUCAGGCAUCCGCACAACAAGACCAGUCCAACGAAGUUGAUGUUGAAGAAUCAUUGCUUCAACACUGGAGUACACCUCCGGACGCGAAAUCAAACCACUGUGUUAGCAACACUGAAGUGACCUCCCCAAGUGCAAGCCUGGGCAGUGUGUCUGGAGGUCCUGGGCUGCCCAGACAACAUGAUAUCCCCCCCUUGACCUUGCUGAAGUGGUUCAAAGGAAAGCAGAGCAAUAUGUUUGGCACCAGCUUGGCUGCAGGGGUUGAUGGAAGGAUGGAUACAAUCUUAGGGACUCCACUCCAGAUUUGUGUAGGGUUUACUCCAUAGCAUUUUCUUCUCCUGAAGAUAUCUUGCAAUGCUACCUUCCCAGGUUGAUGAGCCUCAUCUGCUCCUCACUUCCCUCUACAGCAAUGACCAAUGUGCAAGCAUGUGAAUCAUGUCUUUCCUUCCCUUAUGCAUAUGGACCCAGGUAGUUGGUUUUGUGUAAGCCAGGGGUGGCCAAGUUCCAUAUACUUUGGCAGCAAUUUGCCCAGGACAGAAGUGUAGUUGCCAUCCAAACUCUCAAGUGGCCAGAGUCCAGAAUAAAGCUAGUUCCAUUGAUCAGAGGCCUUUUACAAAUACAGAGCGCACACAUAGCAUUAAUUACUGGCACAAUCAAGAUAGGUAAGCUUCCACCAAACUUACAUAUUACUUGCUUGUUACAUACAAUUAAAAACAAAAAACAAAACAGAGGUACCAAACUGUGGAAUACGUCUUAUUUUGUGUAACUUGAAGAUGCUAACUAAUUAUAUUCCUUGCAGGAAAUUUCAAAUUCCGUGUUUGUGUGUAAUGUUUUACAAUUUUCAAUACUCAUUUAAACAUCCUUAAAAUAUCAAUGACUUACCUCCUUCUCUUUCCAUGGUUCAUUUUACAUAUCAUAAAUCCCUGCAUAUUUUACAUAAACUAAACCAUUCAGUAUUCCAUUAUUACAUCCAUCAAAACUUGUUUACACUGUUGGAUUUAUCUUAAUACUGCCAGCAUUUUCAGCUGUACACAGUUAUUUCCCAUAUAUUCAAUAAACAUUUUCCAAUCUUCUCUAAACGUAUGUUCUUCUUGUUCUCUUAUUCUAUAUGUUAAGUCUGCAAGCUGUGCAUAUUCCGUCAGCUUAAGUUGCCAUUCUUCUUUGGUUGGGAACUCACUUGUUUUCCAUGUUUGGGCUAACAAAACACAGGCCACAGUAGUGGCAUACAUGAACAACCUUUUUUGACACCUGGGAAUUUCCAUCUGAAUUAUCCCCAACAAAAAGGACUCUGGGUUUUUUUUGGAAAAGUACUUUUAAACAUUUUUUUCCAAUUCACUAUGGAUUAUUUCCCAAAACUCUUUUACACAGGUCCUGGAGCUUCAAAUUCCUAGCAUAGAAGACCCCGCUAAAUAAGGUUAUUUUCUUUUCUUAAAGGAGAAGUAGUCAUCGAUGCAGAGCCACAAAUAACCACCUUCUCUUUUCCUCCCCGAAUUUAGGUUGUUCCAAAGUUACAUGCAUCAGCUUAACCCGUGAAGCUUCCAUCAAGUUGUCUCCUUUACAUGGAAAACAGAUCUCUAUCCGCUACCUAGACAUGACAGACUGCUUUGUCCUUGAAGAUGAAGGACUGCACACCAUUGCUGCCCACUGCACUCAGUUGACACACCUGUACCUGCGCCGCUGCAUCCGCAUCACCGACGAAGGCCUCCGUUACCUGAUGAUUUACUGCACGUCCAUCAGGGAGCUGAGCGUGAGCGACUGCCGCUUUGUCAGCGAUUUUGGCAUGCGCGAGAUCGCCAAGCUGGAGUUGCGCCUGCGGUACCUCAGCAUCGCCCACUGCGCCCGCAUCACCGACGUCGGCAUCCGCUACAUCGCCAAGUACUGCAGCAAGUUGCGAUACCUCAACGCACGGGGCUGUGAGGGCAUCACGGACCACGGAGUGGAGUACCUUGCCAAAAAUUGCACAAAACUCAAGUCGCUAGACAUUGGGAAAUGUCCUCUGGUCUCCGACGCCGGCUUGGAGUUCCUGGCUCUGAACUGCUUCAAUCUGAAGAGGCUGAGCCUGAAGUCAUGUGAAAGCAUCACCGGACAAGGCCUGCAGAUUGUGGCGGCCAACUGCUUUGAUUUGCAGAUGAUGAACGUGCAGGAUUGCGAGAUCUCGGUGGAAGCUUUGCGGUUUGUCAAACGUCACUGCAAGCGCUGCAUUAUAGAGCACACCAACCCUGCCUUUUUCUAA